AUGGCCAAAGAAAAUGCACUUAUUAGUGUAAUUUUUCGUAACUGGCGGUAUAUCGGAGAUCAAAUGACUCGGUACUUUGCUAUUAGUCUUGCUGUUGUACUUUUGAAAAUAACAAUUCAAGAUGAAGUACCACUGUCCAAUCAUCAGCAGCAACAAAAAAGUGUAAACGAUGUGAAUACUUUUACUACAGUCAAUAUAUCUGAAUGUAUUGAAUUGACAAAUGCAUAUAAACAGUCUAAAUCACCUGAUAGAAUAACUUCAAACUUAUCAGACUCUCAAAUACCACCACUCAAUAGAAUAUCAGUAGUCUGUCAAGAUGAUCUACAUCAAUUAUGCGCUCUUUUUGAAUUUCGUGGCUAUUUUCUCAUUAUUCAUACAAAUAAUGAAGUCAAUAAAUCAAUUUCCUCAAGUAUCGAUGACCAUUAUGCUGACAACAAUAAUACUAAUACUAACAGUAAUAUGAAUGAUGGUAUAAGCAAGUUGAAACCAGGAUUUAUUGAACCAGAUAAUUUACGAAUACUGACUACAAGUUCAGUAUGUUGUAAUACAUUUGUCAGAUGUUUUACACUUCCUCUUGAUUCUGAUAAUAAUGAAGACAGUUUAUUCAAAGAUUGGACAAUUGACUUCUAUUGGAAUCGUACACCAGAAAUGUAUGAAUUCGGUGAAGAUGGUUGGAGUAGUGUUGGUACUCCAGUUGGUGCUUUGUCAGGCGUUUAUGAUCUAGUCGAUGUAAAAUUAAAAUAUCGUCUUCAUGAAAAGUUUGGAUUUGAUUUUCUUAAUCAUGAAUAUGUUAAUAGAGAAUUUGUUGUACAUAGUUUAGCUGAAAAACGUUUACAAGCUAGAGUUGGUGAUUAUUAUGAAUGUCUUUCAGAGACUGAAAUUAUUUUCGAUACUGAAAAUACUACUUUAUUCGAGAAGAAUAAUGGAUUAUCAAGUAGUAAUUACAAGCAAUCAGAUAAUGAUAAAUUGAGAAUUAUUAUGAGUUUGAAAAGUGUAAAAUCUCAAGCAUUCGCUGAUGUCAAUGUACCAGAAUUCACUGGAGCUAGUGUUGUCUGUGCUGGUGAUAUUUCACACGAUAUGACUUUGUCUAUUGCAAUUGGUUUAUCAUUAUGCGCCUUAGUUGUCUGCGUACUAUUCGGCUUAGCUAUUAAUCAUUUAAGACAAAAAGAUCAAGGAUUUAAAGCUGUUGAUACAACAGGUGAAUGAUAUGAGAUGAAUGGAAGACAUUAGUACAUAACUUUGUCAGUAAUAAUUUAUUUUUCUUUGUUAAUUCAUUAAGCCAGUUAGACAUUUAUUGAAUCA